AUUACUACGAGUAUUCCGGAAAUAUUCCGAGCAAAUACCUCAGAAUAUCCCCGAAUAUUACUAAUAUUCCUAACAAUAUUCCGAGGUAUAGAGGUCGGAUUAUUUGAUUUUUCGCCCAGUGUGAUGUUUGCGAGAGAAUGUAAUGACUUUGAUUGCUCCACAAGUACAUUGGAUGAUCCCAUCCCUAGUGAAAGUGGAGAUGUCAGCACUGAGACUGAGCCUCCAAAGAACAAGCAAGGGCAUGCAAACUGUAAAGCUAUUAUUGAAAGUGAAGAAAAGGAAUUUAUGAAAGCAAAGGUGGUAAUGUAUCACACAACUUUUACAGUUCUUAAAGAACCCCCACCAUGUUCAUCAGCAGAUGAUGAAGCAGAUGCCUUUGGGAAGUACAUUGUAGAAACAUUUAAACGAACUGUUGCAAGAAAAAAGAUCAGUGACAUGCUAUUCAAUGUUGAAAUAGAAAAUGACCAACAAUACCGGUAA